AUAAUAAAAUAAAGCACGUGUAUUUUAUAGUGGUUAUGAUCAUAAUGGGGUGUGGAUGUGUCAAGGAAUUUUGUUUCCUGCAGGAAGGCUUUGACAAAUUGAACACGAAACAGGUUCCUAAACACGUACCAUGUCACACAUAAAAAACAUGACCAGGGCGUGGCUUCAUAUUUGUGGCUGUCGUAGCGCGUCUUGUCUACUGAUCAUUCAGACCUGGUAGAUGACUUGCAGAAUGGAAGUCUCAGAGGGCUUGUUCUGGGGCUGUGCUGUUUGCACCCUGGCCACAGCUUUAUACGUAUGGCUGUGGGGACAGGGAGGGGGUUGCCUUGCUGGGUUGGGGGCUGCAGCCACGUUGGCCCUAGAAGGUCAGCUGUACAUUGGGGGCUUCCACGGCGUCUUUGGAGUGCUUACUAUGUGCUGUUGCUUUGGUUUACACCAUUUUAUUCGGGAACAAAGCGAUGAGUUUUUGCCCAUGCAUGGAAAAUCGGUGUUGAUAACAGGCUGUGAUACAGGUUUCGGCCAUGCACUGGCCAAGGAGCUCAGCGACAGGGGGGUACAGGUGUUUGCUGGUGUGCUGGAUGAGCACGGUUCUGGGGCCCAGGAGCUGAAGAAGCAUGGGUCCCACCGUCUGGAGGUGCUACAGCUGGAUGUGACGGACCACUCUCAGGUGGACCGGGCGCUCCAGCACAUAACGGCUGCUCAGCUGGGGGAGGGAGGUCUCUGGGGUCUGGUAAAUAACGCAGGCGUCCUUUGCUGUUUGGCUGAUGCCGAGAUUCUGCCCUUCACAACCUUCAGAAGAUGCAUGGAGGUCAACUACCUGUCUGCAGUCUACCUGUGUCAGGUGUUCCUUCCUUUGCUUCGGAGAUCGAAGGGCAGGAUAGUCAAUGUCACCAGCAUGGGAGGUGAGGUGCCCUUCUGCUUCUUCUCUGCCUAUGGAGCCUCAAAGGCAGCUCUUGGUUGCUUUUCCAGAGUGCUGAGAAUGGAGCUGGCUGCUUGGGGUGUGAAAGUGGUUGUCAUUCAACCUGCAGGCUUCAGAACGAACAUCUUCAAAGGCUGUGAAGAAAGUAAAAAGAAAAUUCUCCAAAAUCUACCGUCAGUUAUCUGCAAAGACUAUGGGGAGACGUACGUUUGCUCCAUGCAAGACUGCCUCUCCAAAGUGGGCCAACAGUCGCCAGAGGACCUGCGACCCGUGCUGAACGACAUGUGCCACGCACUCAUGGCUCCAUCCCCCAAGGCCCGCUACACCCCGGGACAGAUGGCCUGGCUGCUCCCCCUCCUCUACCACCUCUGUCCCACGGUCAUCUCCGACAAGCUCCUUAAAGGCCACAAGUUUGUUGACUGUGAGCCAGCAGGUUUAAGUCCAAAAGCUGGUUCCGAGUUGACUCAGACUUAAUAGUGGGAUUUGUGGGAGCAAGUUGGGUACAGGCACGAUCGAAGCCUGUUUAGAACCCUCCUUUAAACCAUAAGCAUUGUUGUCAUUACGUUCAUUAACUCCUGCCACUAUGCGGUCAUUGAUGAGUCUUCGUCACAAAUGCUUAUCUAUGACCAUCAAGUUGUUUGUAGUACCAGAAUAACUAAAACCUCAUUGUAAAACAAGAAUCAGAACUAAAACUGUAUUGGAUAAUUCCCCUCCAUCAGUACAUGUUGACAUUACCAUAAUCUUUCCAUCCAGGAAAUUCUAUGCAGUAAACUACUCUUGGGUAGUUUUUAUUUAUUUUUUAUCUACAAGGACAAGAGGGAUUGAACAUUAAGUCAAUAGUUUAAUGGACUCGUUUCCAAAUGUAAUGCGAGUGUAAAAAAUCUAUUACAGAAGAAUGCAUCACAUUGCAUAUCCAUUAACCUAAAAAUAUAUACAUUUAGAAAAAAGGAUGUAUAACAUCCAAACAUCUUAAAAUAAUGUUAUAUCCGAGGAUAUUCCUUAUAAAAAGUACUGACUAAAGUACUGACUAGGAAAAGAGAACACAUUAAUAUAGUAAUACACAGCUGUUUAGUCCAGAGUGAUAAUGGGCUAAU